CGUUCAUUUCAUUGUCUCACUCUCGAGCACCUCUUUCCCGUGUUCUCUCUCUAUACACUCUCACGACCCACCACUUCACAUCGCCCUCACUAGACCGCCCUCCAGCAUCACAGCUACUCGCAUCUGUGCGACACUUGCGCUAUGGCAGCCCAGCAGCCAGAUAUUUCUGCAAUCUUGGCCGCUCUCGCUGCCCAGCGGCCUGCUGGUGCCUCUUCCCAACCACCGCCGCAAGGUCUGCCUCCACAAGGAUACGGUAUCCAGACACCCACACCACCCGUGCUCCAGUAUGGACUCCCUCAGCCUACGAACUCCGGCAGCCUCGACUUGAGUGCGAUAAAGCCCGUCAGCACUGGCUCGGUGAGCCUCCAGGACGCUCUCGCAAAAGCACGAGGCUUCGCAGCGGAGAAGGGAUUGGCAUACGAUUCAGGAAGGAAUAGCUCUGGACCCAGAGAUGAUCCGAGGUUAGCAGGCCGUUCUUACCGUCGAUCGCGAUCGCGAUCGCGGUCUCCUCCACGGCAAAAUAACCUUAGAGAUAGUUAUAAUCCAUACCGAGACGAUCGUCGCGAAGACCCUAGGCGAGGUGGUAUUGGUUACUCGAGAGAUAGAUCUCGUUCCCCACCCCGUGGUGGACGCGACACGUUCAGCCCUCCCCGCGGAGCCUAUGGUGGUCGACGCUCCCCUCCAGUGAACGACAACGUUGAGACUAUAGUCAUCGAAUCGUCUCUCGUGGGACUAGUCAUUGGCCGCUCGGGCGAAAAUCUCCGUCGUAUUGAAGAGGAAACUGGCACCCGCAUUCAGUUCGUCACUGGUCCUGAAGCUGGGGGACCACAGCGUCAAUGCAAAAUCACCGGAAACCCCCGCGCGCGUGUUGAUGCAAAGCGAGAAAUCAACCGGAUCAUCGAAGAGAAUGGUGGCAAUCCCGCCCGUGAAGCCCAAGGUGCACGAGGCGCCAGAGCAAGCUCCAAGACCCACCAACCUGCCCUUCGCGAAGGAGAGAACAGUGUUCAAAUCAUGGUUCCGGACAGAACCGUCGGACUGAUCAUCGGACGAGGAGGCGAGACCAUUCGCGAUCUACAAGAACGUAGCGGUUGUCAUGUCAAUAUUGUUGGCGAGAACAAGAGUGUGAAUGGUCUGCGCCCUGUAAACCUCAUCGGUACACCACAAGCUUCUGCCCGGGCCAAGGAACUCAUUCUGGAGAUCGUCGACAGUGAUACCAAGACUCUUACCCAACAACAAGAGGGAGGACGCCGGGACAACUUUGACCAGUUCGCGAAUACCAACGCCCCUGCAGCUGCAGGUGGAAAGGUCAAUGACUCCAUCAUGGUUCCUUCGGAUGCCGUUGGUAUGAUCAUUGGCAAAGGCGGAGAAACCAUCAAAGAAAUGCAGAACACCAGUGGAUGCAAGAUCAACGUUUCCCAGGCUUCAGGUGCCGAUAUCGAACGCGAAAUCGGUCUUGUUGGAACUAGACAGGCGAUUGAAGAUGCCAAGAAGGCUAUCUGGGAGAAGGUUGACUCAGUUAAAGAGAAGAACGGUGGUGGCUAUGGCGGUGGUGGAAACAACAACAGGAGACCCCCACCACGUGACAACGGAAACUAUAAUGACCCGUACUCACAACCACAGCAACAGCAGCCCUAUGGGCAAGUACAGCAUGCUAGCCAGCCUCCUCCACCAGCGAAUCCAAUGGUGCCACCACCUCAAGGAGCUGCUGGUGGAGAAGACCCCUAUGCGGUCUGGGGAGGUUACCAGAACUACGCCGCAUAUUGGUAUGCUGCCAUGGCUGCUGGCGCCCAACAGCAGGGGCAAACACCAGGCCAAGGUGAGCAGAAGCGACCGCCACCCUCCGCCUGAGUACCAGCUUGAUGUGUCCACCGUGACGUUGGUGCGCUUGCUGCUGAGACUUCGACGCUUGAUGCAUGACCGCAUGACCGAUGCUUUGCGAUCUUUCUCUGAUGGCUUGACCCUCACUUCACGCUUGGACUGCGUCUCAUGGCUUGAUUCUCACUCUACACUUUGGCUAUUCUCCGACUACUCUG